AUGCAGCAAUUGGAGAAUCCAGAUCAUCACGUCACCACAAUGCAAUACUCGGAUCUCUAUUGCAGAGUGAAAGACAUGCUAGAUAGUGUGGAUUGUCCAUUACAGAUGAAUUACAAGGAUCUGAUACGCCCCGAACCAUCCCGGACCGAGUUUUUCAUCAGUUCACUUAUGAACUUUGCUCUACACAGAGAUUCAAAAAUGAAUAAAAUAAAAGAAAAGGCUGAGGAGUUGACUCUCCUUGACGAGGAGCGUAAGCAGUCGGAGGCAACGAUUGCCCAGUUGAAUGCAGAGAUUGGAGAAUUUGAUGAAGCCGCUGAAUGGGAUUCACCCUUUGUCCAAGAGCUAGAAGCGAGGAUUGAAGAAUGUUGUUACUUUAUUCUAAAUGUUGUUACUUUUGAUCGCAUUCAAGAAAAUUUCAAAGUCAUCUUCGCAACUGCAGUAACCAAUGCGAAAGCUGUUGACAAAGAAUUCAAAGCACUUAAAUCUAAGCUGAGCGAGGAUGGAGUAGCGUACAAAUCACAUGAGGCGAAAGUGGCUGAGCGGGAAAGAAUAGUGGAACGGUUGAACAAAUCAUUGAAACAACUAGAGAAGGAAAAAGCUGUCAUGUUUGAUGAUUGGACAAAUCAACUCAAUAACCUAAAAGUGGAGGUUGAAUCCAGAAGACGUGAACUUGAAGCCAGGCAAACGGAUGUGGAAUCAGUAGUAGCUGUGGUUGAUGACAAUAAUGCCAAGAUUAAGCAGGUGAGAGAGUCAGGAGAAGCUAAAGUGAAACGGUUAGCCGCUAAAUAUGAAGAGAUCGUGAAGCAGUUUCGUGAAUACAAGGUGUCGUUUGAUGCGGUUCUACCAAGCCUCCCAAAAGGUCAAGGCAGUUCUGACUGA